GAAAGUUUGUCUCUUUUCUUGCUGUCUCUCUUACAACAAGGGUAAAUGUGUCUUCCCCUCCUCUCCUGGAUGAUCCCCUGCUAAAUGCCAUUGGAGAAAAAUACAACAAGACAGCAGCCCAGGUGGCCCUGCGCUUCGGCAUUCAGCGUGGAGUGGUGGUCAUUCCAAAAAGUUUUAACCCAGAGCGUAUUAGAGAAAACUUCCAGAUCUUUGACUUUUCCCUCACGGACGAGGACAUGAAAGAUAUAGAAGCUCUGAACAAAAAUGUCCGCUACGUGGAACUGUUAAUGUGGAAAGACCAUCCUGAGUACCCUUUCCAUGAGGAGUACUGAAAAUACGGCACGUCCAAGAGCAUACACUCAAUUGUAGCACUCUCAGCUAAUAUCUUAUACGUUUGUAUCUAGUAGUAGUUCUUAAGUCAUGUAACCCAGUCCAACCCUUAGUGCUGCAUCUUACCUAGGAAAUAUAGAAAAUAAAGCAAUUCAGAAAAAUAUUUCAAAACCUAGUGUGCAAAUGCAGCUAAAUUAAAACUUUAACAGAGGAAAA